UCUGCCCUGAAGGAGCUCAGAGCUUCCCCCGCCCAGCCCAGCCCUGUCACCAGCUCAAGCCUCCAGCUGAUCCCUGGGUCACAUGCUGGAGGAGCUCUGUCAUUCUCUCAACCCUGAUCCCUUCGGGCACCACUCACUGCAGCUCAGCCAUGGCCAAGGCGGCUCCGCGCACUGUGCUUAUCACUGGCUGCUCCUCGGGCAUCGGGCUGCGCAUGGCUGUGCAACUGGCGCAGGACCCAAGCAAGCGAUUUCACGUCAUUGCCACCAUGCGCGACCUGCGCAAGAAGGACAAGCUGGAGGCAGCUGCUGGGGACACACUCAACAAGACCCUCAGCAUCCAGCGCCUUGAUGUCUGCAAUGAUGAGUCUGUGACUGAGUGCAUCAACAGCCUUCCUGAGAAACGACUGGAUGUUCUGGUGAACAAUGCCGGUGUGGGGCUCGUUGGGCCUGUAGAGUCCAUUUCCAUCGAUGACAUGAAGCGCAUCUUUGAGACCAACUUCUUUGGUGCCAUCCGCAUGAUCAAAGCAGUUCUCCCUGAAAUGAAGCAAAGACAGAGAGGACACAUUGUAGUUAUCAGCAGCGUCAUGGGAUUGCAAGGUGUCCCCUUCAAUGAUGUGUAUGCUGCCUCCAAGUUUGCCAUGGAAGGUUUCUGUGAAAGCCUAGCUGUGCAACUCCUCAAAUUCAACAUUUUCAUCUCCAUGGUAGAGCCCGGUCCAGUCAACACAGAAUUUGAGAUGAAACUGAUGGAGGAAGUGGCCCGCUCUGAGUUCCCGGGAGCCGAUGCUGCCACCGUGCGGUACUUCAAGGAGGUCUAUCUUCCGGCCUCCCAUGAGAUAUUCACCACCAUGGGCCAGACCCCUGAGUAUGUGGCUAAGGCUGUUGUGAACGUCAUCGCCAAGGAGCGUCCUCCUUUCCGGACACAGACGAACACCCUAUACACGCCGCUGGUGGCCCUGAAGUAUGCGGACACCUCAGGGGAUCUGUCCGUUGGCACCUACUACAACCUGCUUUUUCGCUUCACAGGCAUCUUCCACCUCAGCAUGAGCUUCCUCAAAUGCAUCACAUGCAGCUGUUUCCGGCGCCGGGUCACACCUGCUUGAGGUCAGGGUGGGUGAGGCCCUGAUGGCAGCAGAGCCUCUCCUCUUCCCACUGCCCUGCUAAGGCUAUGUCGGAUGACCAGAGACAUCCUGCAACAGAUCAGUCCACUCCCAUGUUUUAAAGCUACCAGGUUCUGGUGAAUUUACAGAUAAGGAAUGUGUGCUGGAGAGGAAUUAAAGACAACAGGUCCUUUGGGGUGUGAGUAGGGAUGUCAGAGCUUUCCGACAGAAAAAGGAGCAGGACUUGCCAAUGUUUGUUUACUUGUCCCAUGUUUGAACAGAAAUCAACCCAGCGAAUGCCA